UCGUUGACGUAACGUUAUCCACAGUUAUGUUGUUUUUAGAAACAAAGACCUAAAUGAUUUCAGACUACUCAGGAUUCAUCAUAAUUUACCCCGUAGCUAUUAGAGCAGAAGCUCUUUUGAUAAUUCAUACACGUUGUUGUGAAGUACUAGUACUUAAAUUGCUGAAGAAGGCUUAAACAUCCAUACUUGCAAACAUUCUCGGAGUAGAAGAAACCCUGUAUUGAUAUCCUAUAUCUGCCACUUGCAUGCAUGUUAUAAUAUAUACACGUCUCAAUCCACUUAAAAAUAGCUACUUGUGCGACUUUAAAUUGUAUACGUAUGCUGAUAGGUUUGUAUCAGUCUGGCAAAGCAGGCAUGGUGAGAGAUUUGUCAGCCAGCUGAUCGAUGAUCAAAAAGAGGCUCUGAAAAUUCCUGUGUUGACUUCGAGGAAAUUUUCUCAGGUUGAGAGAAGUUCCUCAAACAGCAACAACAAAACAAUGUGAAAUCAAUGUGCAGGGAUAAAAGGAUCCAACUUAAAGUUUAUGGGAUAUAUAAUUUCCAGAUUUGUUUUGAACCGCGACUUUGCCAGUGCUUUUACGCUUUGUGGCUUCGAACAAAAAGAUGCCCUUUGACUAGUAAUUUCAUAUCUGAUGGCAAAAGCGGAAUCCUGUCAGACAACUUGGCGCUAGCCUCAGGUGCUCGCGUAGCAGCUACAGCUUUUAAAACUCCGCGUCAUGAUCAGACAGAAAUAAUUAAAUCACAGAUCUUUCGACUGGUGUAUUUUGGGCCGCUGAUGUGAACUGUGGAACGUCAACUCUAUUCAGACGACCAUAUUGACACGAACAGGUCUUUCAGACCAGCUCUAGCUAGUACGCAAUUUGUAACACUGAGUGCAUAAUGCUGAGGUCACAUUUCCAAACUGGGGCCCGGCCGGGCUGUUUGCAUCAAAGAAAAAUGAAUAUCACAAAUAUCUGUAACACAAAUAGUACUCAUUUUUUAAUAUUCAUAGUUUCUAAAAUUGUUACAGUUUUGACCAGUCUAUGUUAAUUAAACCCAUCUCAAACAUAUCUAUCUAACAUCACCAAGAAACUGGAAGAAGCCGAAUCUUUGUAUUAGAAUUUGUUUUAGAAUCCAUGUUUGAGAUUAGUAUUAGUCUUGUCAAUGUGUAUGUGUAUGUGUGUUACUUCUACUUUAAUUUGUAUUUGUAUGCCUAUACUCAGCAUGAUAGGAAAUGAAUGUAUAAUAAAGUGUAAUAUAAUAAGAAUGUACAAUCUACUGUUAUCAUUAAUAACCAAUAAGAGGCUGAUCAACAUAUCAUUUCUGUCGAGCCUUCGCAUUUUAAUACAACCUUUCAUCUUUCACAGCGAUGCAGUGCAAACAUCAAAUAAUUUGGCAGUCUUUCUAACGAAUAAACUGCCCAAGCUCUCUUACUACCAAUAACUAGUAAUGUUGAUAGAAUCUUUUUAUUACAAGUAAUGUUUAGAUGUCGGACAGUUGCAGGUUCGAAGACUUUUACGAUGGCGACGACUGUAAACCCCCUCCCCAACAGAACAACUGUGACCGUGAUUGCCGUGUGGUUACUCGUGCUGCUGCCCUCCCCUGUUGUACCGUGUCCGGGAUCGUGUUCAUGUUCUGGUACACGUGUUUCUUGCUAUCGCCUUGGACUCACAUCCAUUCCAGACAACAUACCCAAUACAGCAACAUCGGUAAACCUGUAUGACAAUGCUAUACAAACCAUCAAAAACAGUGAUUUCACCGGCUUGUCAAAUCUACGGGACCUUUAUGUACAAAAAAACUUGAUAACCACCCUCACCAACGGGACAUUCUCCGGGCUGUCCAGUCUUCAGAGGCUGUACAUUAGUCACAAUUACAUACGAAAGAUCCCCGAUGGCACUUUUAUUAGCUUGUCAAAUCUACAGUACCUCGAUGUAGACAACAAUUUCAUAACCACCCUCACCAACGGGACAUUCUCCGGGCUGUCCAGUCUUCAGGGGCUGGGCAUUAGUCACAAUUACAUACGAAAGAUCCCCGAUGGCACUUUUAUCGGCUUGUCAAAUUUACAGUACCUCAAUGUAGACUACAAUUUCAUAACCACCCUCACCAACGGUACAUUCUCCGGGCUGUCCAGUCUUCAGAGGCUGUACAUUAGUCACAAUUACAUAGGAAGGAUUGCCGAUGGCACUUUUAUCAGUUUGUCAAAUCUACAGAUACUCUAUGUAGACUACAAUGUUUUAACCACACUCACCAACGGUACAUUCUCUGGGCUGUCCAGUCUUCAGAGGCUAAGCAUUCGUCACAAUUACAUACGAAAGAUCCCCGAUGGCACUUUUAUCAGUUUGUCAAAUUUGCAGUACCUCUAUGUAGACAACAAUUUUAUAACCACCCUCACCAACGGUACAUUCUCAAGGCUGUCCAGUCUUCAGAGGCUGAACAUUCGUCAUAAUCGUAUUAGAAGAAUCUCCGGCAGUGCUUUUGAUGGCCUAUCAAGGAUUUCAUCACUUUAUCUCGACUACAAUGUCAUUAGAAACAUCACAAAUGACACUUUCUUCGGUCUUGUGAACCUACAAUAUCUUCACCUUGCACACAACUCCAUCACAAACAUCACCAGUAGUACAUUCACUGGUCUACCUAACCUUCAAACGCUGAAUCUCCGUAACAAUGGCAUCAUGGACAUCCCAAGUAACACGUUUGUCGGCCUAUCAAAUCUCCAUACUUUGAUACUUGACAAAACCGCCAGUGGCAUAGUUUUGCCCAACCUUGAACGUUUAUUUCUUUGGCAUAGUGGCAUAACAAGGCUCACUAGUGAACUUUUUACCGGUCUCCCGGGGCUUAAGAACCUGUAUCUGCUGUACAGUGGCAUCAAAAAUAUUGCAGGCGGCGCUUUCAGUGGUCUGCCCCAUCUUAGUUAUCUGCAUCUUCAGUACAACGACAUAACAACUCUCACCAGUGGAGCUUUCAAUGGUCUGUCCAGUCUUGAGUAUCUGAAUCUUCAGAACAACGACAUAACAACUCUCACCAGUGGAGCUUUCAGUGGUCUGUCCAGUCUUGAGUAUCUGAAUCUUCAGAACAACGACAUAACAACUCUCAUCAAUGGCACUUUCAAUGGUCUGUCAAGUCUCCGUAGACUGUAUCUUCAGAACAACGACAUAACAAAUAUCACCAGUGGCGCUUUCAAUAGUCUGUCAAAUCUUUAUACACUGCACCUUGGGAACAACGACAUUACAUCUCUCAUCAAUGGCACUUUCAGUAAUUUAUCCAGUCUUUCAACUCUGCAACUUCAGAACAACAACAUUGAAAAUAUCGCCAGUGGUACUUUCAGUGGGCUUGGCAAUCUUCGGACAUUAAAUCUUGGUGAUAAUGUCAUAAACAACAUCAGUAAUGACACUUUCAUUGGACUGUCCCGCCUUUCGUAUUUGUCCCUUCGUAACAAUGACAUUACAACUAUCAGUGGUAUCUUCAGUAAGCUUCGUAAUCUACAAACAGUAAAUCUAGAUGAUAACAGUCUUAUCAACAUCCCUGAUGGUGCUUUUACAGGUCUGCUCCAGUUAUCAAGUCUGUAUCUUCGUAACAACCUCAUGAAAACUAUUGACAGCAAUACUUUCAGUAGUCUAUUGAAUCUUCAACGUCUAUAUCUCGACAACAAUGAUAUCUCAUCUAUCACCAAUGGCGCUUUCAACCGACUACCCAGACUCCAUGAACUUUCUCUCAACAAUAACACUAUAACCUAUAUAAACACUAUAACCAAUAUGCCCAAUAUUCAGCGACUACAUCUCAACAACAAUCCAAUUUCUAAUAUCAACGGAAGUUCUUUCUCAGGCCUGUCUAGCCUUACAUACCUUAACCUCCAGAACUGUGGCAUUACAAGCAUCGAUGGUGGCACGUUCAUCGGUCUGCCUCGGCUUAGCACUCUGUUCCUCGACGGCAAUAUCUUAGCCAACAUCUCCAGUAUGUCUUUCACACUGCCUUUGGCUAAUCUUGACAAUCUGUAUCUUCGGAACUGUGGCAUUAUAGGCAUUAACAAUGACAACCUCAGGAGUCUACAAAGUCUUUCCUAUCUACAAUUAGACAACAAUUUCAUAUCCAACAUUGGGAAUGGUACAUUCGUUGGCCUAUCCCGUCUUCAAAACCUAAAUCUUCAGAACAAUGCCAUAUCCGAAAUCGCUGAUGGCGCAUUCAAUGGACUGUUCAGUCUAAAAACACUUAAUCUUGCCAACAAUUUCCUACCCAACAUAGCUCGUACCCACUUCACGGACAUGCAUAAUCUUCGAAAGAUAUAUCUUAAGAACAAUAACAUACGUCACGUUGAUGCCACAGCUUUCUCUGAUCUUCUUAACCUAAAAGAGUUGUACCUAGACGGAAACCCUUUGGGAAACCUGACGGACGACCUGUUUUCUCGCAUAACUAAGCUACAAGUUAUCAGUUUAGUUAGAUGCAAACUCACCACCGUACCGACCUUGCCGCCAUCUAUCAAAUUGAUUCAUCUUGGUGGGAACCCAAUACAGAUACUACAGUCGGGAGAUUUCAGCGACCUGCCGAACCUUCUGGAUCCAGAUCUUUGCAACCAAUACAAGGACACAAAGGCAGAUUAUGAUCAAAUAAAUGAGGACUACUACUACUCCUCCGACUAUGGCUACUACUACAACAAUGACAACUGUGACUACAGCAGAUCAUACAAGAAUGCAUCAGAUUACCCUCUCAUCAGAGUAGCUAGAGGGGCAUUCACCCACCUCGAUCAUCUGAAGGCCAUAACGUUACGGGGUAACGGUAUCAUCUACAUCUCCCCACGAGCUUUCGUCAACCUGCCGAGUCUGAUGGAUGUAGAUCUGAGUUACAAUGAGAUCCCCUACCUGCUUCCAGACACAUUUGUGGACGUACCCCGUCUUCGGUUCCUGUAUCUCCAUAGCAACAAGCUAACCGCCCUUCCACCGGAGCUGUUUGGGAGACUGCCAGCGCUGGAAAAAGUCACUCUGUACAACAACCCGUGGAAGUGUGACUGUUGGCUACAGGGGAUGGUACAGUGGAUAAAUACCACAGACGUGACAUAUGAAGGUCGAUCACCGGUUAAGUGCACAUGGAGUCCAGUGCCAUCCCUGCUGAAUGUGUCACUGUCACAAGUGGAUCCCCAGUCACUGAUCUGCGAGCAGACCACAACACCGCAAUUAACAUCAACAGCUACGAGCCACACCAGCACAAGGAUAGAGGAAAACACCAUUCCCUCGCCUACAAAAAAGACUGCUUUCACAGUUACUCCCAGCAUCUCUCCACCAAGAGAUGUUUCUUUGGUAACAACAACCGCAACUGAAUCGAUAGUUCAAUGGGAAUCUCCCUCUAACGAUGUCAUGGGCUACAUGAUCUCUUACGUGAACACAAAGAGUGGCCGAGUACAGAGGACCCAACCAAUUCAUCCAAGCGUCAAUUUCUACACUAUAUCUAACUUGUCUCCGGGUACAACAUAUCGCGUGUGUGUAGUCGCUCUGUAUACAGUGGGCAGAAGUGCAGCAACAAACAACACGUGCAUCACGGUCACAACAAAAGAGGGCACAAGCACAGACCAAACCCUGGUCAUUUCCCUGGCAGCAGUGGGUGUCAUCGCAGCGGUGGUCAUCGUGGGAACGAUCGUGAUGUGCAAGUUGAGGCGAAUGCAUCAAUCUACACCCAGUUCUACCCACAAUGCAGCACACAACAUCCAACUGACGUCAACUGCGACGUCAACGGCGACACCUCCGGUCACAAACACCGGCGUGGCGGCAACUCGCCCUGACGACAAGUUGGACGUGGCGGCUGGUGGACAAACAUCAACCCCUUCUGAUGACCACUUCUACAUGCAUCUGGUAUAUCCUGACACACAGGGACGAGGCGUAACAAACCCAGCAGCAACCCCUGGCCAAAGUGGGGCAGCAUCCCCAGGUAGGCAGUCUGAGAGUGUACAUGUAUAUGAAGAUGUUAAUGAGACAAGGAAGCAAGUUGGAGGAAAUGUCGAAGACCAUGUCUACCAGAACGAUGCACUGUAGUGUUAUAACAUUUACUUUAAGGUCACGUUUUACUUUGUGACAUAAGUUAUAUGUAAAUAAUGUUUCAAUUUUGAUGUGUAUCUGUAUGAUGUACUGUUAAGUUCUAUAACUCCAGGAAGACUUAGUCUAGCUGCAUAAUUGAUCUUGUACUAC